AUGCGCAGAAGCUCUGAUGUAUUUGGCUUUAUGGCUCCCGAGUGCUCGCCGGAGGGACACCGCGUCCUCCGCAAUCCCUACCGCAGCACCAGGUUUGACUCGCUGGAGCUGCAGCGAACGGCGAUUCAGGACCUGGUUUGUGACCACUCCUUGCCACCGGCAUGGUACCGGUUCAUGAUCGACAACAGGCCCGCAGAAAUGCCGACGAGAUGCAUCGAAAUGAAUAAAUGUGGGACGCAAGCUCCGGUGUGGCUGUCGCUGAAGUCCGAAUCCCUGCCAGUUCCUGGUGAGAGCAAGCGACUCACGGCCUGUGCUACCUGGCAGGUCUUCUUCGGGGGCACCAAGGACUGCUGCUUGUUUCGGAUACCCGUCGCUGUCAGGAACUGCGGGGAAUUCUUUGUGUACCUCCUGCAGCCUACUCAAGGAUGCAUGGGCUACUGCGCGGAAGCUGUGAACAUUGCACCACAGGAGCCUCUCCGCAGCCCCAGAGCCGGGUCCAGCUGGCAUCGUCACGGCUUCUUGCCGGGGUCAAUCCCCCAGCCCCGUCCGCUGGAGGCUCACAAACAGGACAUCGACAAACUCACAAGCCUGGCUUUGCAACCGGUGAUAACUCCCGAGCUUGUGGAAGGUCGCGUCCACCUGAAGUGCACUUUCAGCCGCCCCCCGUCAAAGCCGCUGCUGCGGUACGUGGUGGUCUGGUCGCGCCUGUCCACCCCUGGCAAGAAAGAGCAGGUUCAACGCGACACCACCCUGCAGUCGUUUUCCUACGUAGAGAUGAACGGCGUCAAUCUCAGAUUGGGAGACACGGUCUUUUGCACUGUCACCGCUUUUAUGAGGGACACUCCUGAGCAGCAGUCAUUGACUGAAGAGAGCAAAGGUUUCUAUGCUGGGAUUAAGUUUUUACCAGAAUCACUACAAAUUGCAGAGGAUGGCAAAGAGCAUGUUUUGACCAUUCUGAGCACUGUACCCAUUGCCUGUCCUGGGCAUGAUCAUUCCUGUAAAAUUACUUUGCAGCUAAGUACUGAGGAUUUGGAUAGCCAAUUACUGGGGCCCCCGAACGUCGCCCUUUCGGCAUGCCAGGUGGAUCUGCUGCAGGCGCCCUGCUCGGAAAGCAGCUGUGCAGCCACGGCGCUGGGAGUGACAGCUGUGACGGACUUUGCUCAGGAUGGGACCCGCGUCAGCCACGUCAGAGCUGAACCGGUCGGAUGGAGGGAUUUGCUUUGGAGGGCUUACACACCCAAGGAUGUGAAGGUCACAGUUCAAGACCUCCCAACAGGGAACUGCUACUCUUUCACUGAUCCACACAUUAUCACAUUUGAUGGAUGGCGCUAUGAUAACUAUAAAAUCGGCACCUUCCUUUUGUGCCGGAGUGUGUCACGGGCAUUUGAAGUGCACGUUCGGCAGUGGGAUUGCGGAGGCCACCGCUCUGCCACUGCCUGCAACUGCGGCGUAGCCGCGCGAGAAGGGGGUGACACCGUGGUGUUGGACACCUGCAAUGGCCAUUUUCGGGAGAGCAGACCCCAGCUAGCCAUCAAAAGCACCGAGGCAUCGCCACGUGUCAAAAUCCUAAAGUCCUACGGAGGGAGAAAAAUAACAAUCCUGUUCCCUUCAGGAGCGUUUGUUCGAGCCGACGUGAGCGAGUGGGGAAUGAGUCUGACGGUGAGGACGCCGGGUAGCGACUUCAACAGCACCAGAGGUUUGUGUGGCCUCUUUGACGGGAUCGGUCACAACGACCUGAGCAAUGUGCCUGAGGAAGACUUCAUAGAGGAGUGGAGAAUACCUCCAGGGAAGAGUUUAUUUGACAAGACUCCAGCACCUUCUGAGGGGAAGGAAAGGAAAAAUUACUGCAGAUGUCAGAAGGAGAGCACUAAGUCCGUGCCCGUGGUAAACACGCUGAAUGCCUUUCAGACUGCUUUCCCUCCAUCCUCUGGUUGCCGUUAUGAUCAUGUGGAUUACACCUCUGCAAUCCCGUAUCUAGAUGUUACGUCAGAGUUUGUCACUCACUCAGAAGUAGAGUCUACUUUAAGAAAAGAUGAGAAACUGUCGACCAAGUCUUUUGAUCAGAGAUAUCUGCCUAAAUCAGUCCAAAAGCGAGGUAGCCCUGAGGACCGAUUAAAACCCCUCGCACACAAUGUUUCCAUGAAAAGCAAUAGUUCCAUUAACUCUACCAAACCAACAGAAGACCUGAGGAGAGCAAAAAGGCAAGACGACUAUUAUGAAUACUCAUCCCUUCACCCAUUGCAUGGCCCAAACCAGAGAGACUCAGAGAGCUUUGCAUAUUUUUUCCCAGAGGAUUACUUUGAAGGGAUUAGGACGAAACUUCCACUGGCAUGGCCCACUCCCAAUGGCUUAACUGCUGCCAAAGCUCGGGAGAUUUGCCACCAAAUUCUUGCAAAUUCCACCAUUGGCUUAGUGUGUAAAGGUCUCCUUGGAAAACAGAUGGAUGAGGCAAUUGAUAUCUGCCUUUUAGAUCUGCAGCUCAAAGAUGACGUGGCUUGGGUGAGGGCACUGGUAGCCCUUUUGGAAAAUGAAUGUGAAAGAAGAGUGUUAGGAAACAGAAACAGAGUGUUUCAUGUAGGAAACCAGCCAUCUGCUACCCAGGAGGAAAUCCUCACCGCUCUCCGGUGUCCUGCUUUCUGUAAUGGCAAUGGACAAUGUACUGAACUGGGCUGCCAGUGCUUUGAAGACCACAGCUCCUACGACUGUAGCAUUGCCAAAAAGCAAGCUUUGGAAAUCACGGGCUUAGAGAACGGGGGCCUCUGCGACGUCCGUGCUUCUGACUGCACCAGGAUCCGGGUGUUUGGCCUCGGCUUCAGAGAGUCGCCCAACCUGCACUGCGAGGUCACCAGAUUAAUUCAUCUCAAUGGCGAAUGGAUAUCAAGAGAACAAGAAACCACAAAAGCAGAUUUUGUCAGCUCUGAGGCUGUUGACUGCCAGAUUCCUCUCCUGAACAUUACAGAGACAGAGGCUGUGCACUUUGUGGCGGGUGAUGAGCCGUUUGCAAGAUGGCAAGUGAAAGCCCCCUCCAGCCAGCCGCUGACAUUUAUUGGUGAGAAUUUUGUUUACCAGUUAGUAGCUGUGGAUCCGGAAGGGUCAGCUGUGCUAUUCAUCUUAGAGGCUGGGCCACAGGAUGCCAGGCUCUCUCCUGCUGGCCUUCUUAUCUGGAAAGUUGAUUCAGAAGAAAUGCAGACCUUUGAAUUCACUGUGUCGGAUGAAUGCAAUGCACAGAGCAGAUACUCUAUUGAGGUAAAAUACAACUAUGGACCUCUCUUCCCUGAAGAGAGAGACCGGCUGAGGAAUGCCACAAUCAUGUUCCUGCCUGGGAGCCAUUUGUAA